AUGAAAAACACACAGACAGAGAGAGAGAGAGAAAUCACAGAGGGGGAAAAAUCCAGAACGCAUUCCUGAAAUCUCCCAAACUUUCUUCCUUCCCGGUUUUAAUGUGAUCUGUGGAUAAAUAAAUCCCGCGGGUUUGUGAGGAAGUUAAUCUGCUCUCUGUUCGCUUCCUCACUUUAACUUUGAUCACUUUGACUUUUCCUCUCGCGAACUUUGGCAGAAGCUAAUCAGGCUAAUUCAGUCAAGGCGGCGGCGGAAAAGGAGAAGCAUGUCAUCAGAAGAGGAGAGAUACAAGCUGGUGGUGGUGGGUGGAGGUGGUGUGGGCAAGAGCGCCCUCACUAUUCAGUUCAUCCAGUCCUACUUCGUGUCUGACUACGACCCGACUAUCGAGGACUCGUACACCAAAAUCUGCACCGUGGAUGGGAAGGAGACCCGAUUAGACAUUCUGGAUACAGCAGGUCAAGAAGAGUUUGGCGCGAUGAGAGAGCAGUAUAUGCGAUCAGGAGAAGGCUUCCUACUGGUGUUUGCUCUGAAUGACAUUGGAAGCUACAACGAGAUCCAGAAGUUUCACACUCAGAUCCUGCGAGUAAAAGAUCGAGAUGAUUUCCCCAUGGUCCUCGUAGGCAACAAGUCUGAUCUGGAGCAUCAGAGAGUGGUUUCAAAAGAAGAGGCCAUGUCUUUUGCCAAAGAGAACCGGAUCCACUAUAUGGAGUCCUCAGCAAAGAACCGCUACAACGUGGAUGAGGCUUUUCUGGAGGUGGUGCGAGCGAUAAGAAAGUUCCAGGAGACAGAAAGUCCUCCUCAGCUUGUGAAUCAUGCUCGGAAGCCAAACAGUGGCAGGUGUCCCUGCACCAUCCUCUGAUCACCUUCACACAUUGUCGCCAUGGAGACUGAAGCCCCCCUCCCCCCUACAUGUCUGGUGCCGUGUGUGUGCGCACGCAUGCCUGCUUUUUGUCAGUCAGGAGUGUGUGAUCUUGCUCAUGAUUGAGGUGUUGAAACUUUUAAAUUUUUUCACCCUGCACUUUUUUACAUUUAGUACAUUUUAAAGUAUAUCUUUUUUAAUUUUUUUUAUGUUUUUAGGUUGAAGCAUUUCGUUGUGUGUACAGCAGUGUAGCAAGCAGAGAUUAACAGAACUGUACAUAUGUAUAUUGUGUGUGUGUGUGUGUGUGUGUGUGAGAUAUAUGCAUACACGCACGCCGUGCCUGAUUUAAGCUGACGAGCUGCUUUAUUAUUUACUGUAAAUAACAUCAGAAGGGAAAAUUAGUGUUUCUCACUCUGUUUCUCGUAUGUGUGGAUGAUAGUAAAAAAAUUAACUGCACUGAUAAAAGAACAGAAAUCCUGUUUACUCUAAAUUCACAAAUGAUAGAAAUGUACAUGUAGCUGUUGAACUCAGUAAAGAUUAAAAUUCAGAGACUCCAAGCGCGAACCUCAUACCUGCAGCCGCUCCAGUGUGUGUGUGUGUGUGUGUGUGUGUUCAGAUGAGACGGAUAUGAGCGAAAACCUUCCCAAGUCUGUUCUAAUGGACUUUUACAUGCUGCAGUAAUUCAGUAUAAAGUAGUUCUGGUGACUUCCAUCUCUAAAUGGAGGGAUUCAAACAUUUACAGCUUUAUUUAUACAAAAACACCUCCAUCUGAAGAUUGUGUUUUAUUUCAAAUAAACCUUUAAUGAUGGAGUUCAGCAGCAGCUUUCUGUUCUUUGUGAGUUUGGAGUAAACUGGGUUUGUGUACUUUUCUCACUGCAUAGAGGCAAGCUUUAACUCUCUCUCUCUCUCUCUCACACACAGCAGAGAGAUCAGAUGCCCCGAAUUCCACCAAAGUAGUUCCAGGGCUGGUUCGGGGCCAGUGCUUAGUUUGGAACCGGGUUUUCUGUUUCCACUGACAAAGAACUGGCUCUGGGCCAGAAAAACCGGUUCCAGGCUAGCACCAACUUUCUGCUGGGCCAGAGGAAAGAACCGCUUACGUCAGCGGGGGGCGGAGUUGUUAAGACCAAUAACAAGACCGCGAAAAGUCGCCAUUUUUAAGCGACGAGAAGCAGCAGCUGUACAAACGCGAAGUCAUCCAUUAUUAUUAUUGUUGCUGCUGCUGCUGCUUCUUCCGUGUUAUUUUUGCUUCAAUAUUUGCGCCAAGGUUUAUGCAAACGUAGCGGCAUAACUGACGUAUACAGCGACAUAAUGACAUGUCUUCCCUUAGCACUGCGAGCGAUGGAAAAGCAAACUGGUUCUCAGCUGGCUCGCAAGUUGAACGAGUUGUGAACCAACACCAGCACUGGCCCCGAACCAGCCCUGGAACUGAUUUGGUGGAAAAGGGGUAACAGUGAAACACUGCAGUGAGAAAACAGUAGUGUAAAACUCUUUCUGGUGUGAGGAUGUGAACAGAUUUCGUUUUUCCUUUCUCGACCCUGUUAGCUCAUCAGCGCCCUCACCAGGACAAUCAGUUUGUAGUGUGCUAAACUGGAGGCUAUAAUCCUCGCUGCUUGUUCGCAGUAAACUUUACCCAUCGAACACCUCAUCCUGUGUUGACGUUAGCGAAUGGCAGGCAGUCGUUUACUUUUAAUGUUGAAGCUGCGAUUUCAGUGAUGUUUGAUGUUUUCAGAUUUUCUGCAAAUUGGAUAUGAUAUAAAGACGUGACUCAUUGAAACGUGUCUCGAAUGAUUCCUCGGACCAAUCCUCUGGCUUAUAUACACAGUCCGACAUUUCUUCAGUUCCUCCUUCAGUUCCUACCUGCAAUUAGUUUCCGCUUCCUGUCUGACACACAACAAUGAAAGAAAAACUUUUAUGCAUCGUUUCUUCUUAUCCUGUCCUAUGAUAUCUGCAGAUGACAAUUAAGAAAAAUAACGCUGGGAAGGAAGUAGCAGAGAUAGUUGGUGAUCGUCUCUGGUGAGCAUACGUAGCUAGUACAGUUAGCUCGCUUUGCUAAUCUUAUCGGAGAACAAAGUUGAGCUCGGAACACGUCACUCUCACAACUGAUUUUCACGCUGAUUAGUGUGUGGUGUUUAACCAGAUAGCUCUGGACAGGCCCUGCCCCACCCCCAAAAAGGGACAUGAUUGACUUGUCAUCUGCUGAUGUAACUAAGGUGAUAGACGAAGAAGAAAAUUGUAUGCAUUUUUGCUUUUAGCUCAAUAAUCAUUUUAAUGCCUUUAUCCCUUGUCUGGUGUGUGUGUUAAUUUUAUGCCCCUUUUUUACUUAAAGCAGAGGAGUAUUAAUGCUAAUUAGGUAUUUACACCAAGUGAGUAUUUAAAUCUAAAACCGAGCUGACGAUAAAAUCGUCAGUGUUUCCUCCAAAUUAAAACUUGUUUUGAGCCAAACUGAAAUAUUUUAAACUCCUCACACCCUUCAUUGUGUUUGUGAACAUGACUGAUGAUCACGGUGGCUUAAUGGAAAAAACAGAGGAGAGGGAUGAGACAAAGCAGUAGUGAUUUAGUGAGUGGCUCCAGUGACUAUAUGGUUUUAAUAUAAAUGUUAACCAAAGAACAUGCAAUUAAACGAUUAACUGUUUGCACACCUUUUGUUAAGCAAGAGUAGUUUGACACUAAAACUGUUUUUAUGCAUUUUUGUACUGUAACAGAGGGUGUGUGUGUGUGUAGGUACUCUGAAUGAAUUUGCAGAAGCCUUUGCUGUUUGUUUGAUGCGCUUUUAAGAGAACCUCUGCCUGCUGCUGCACUGCUCUAUUCCCACCAGAGGUCGCUGUACACACUUCCACCACAGAUGCACCUUCACAUAGGGAUCAGACUUAACAUCCAGCAGCAAAUUCAGUUUGAAGCUCCGAGGUGUGUGUGUGUGUGUGUGUGUGAGAGAGAGAUGGGAAAUGAUAUAAUGUUGCGUACAGCGCGGGUCUCAUUAUUCAGUCGUUUUAAAUCAAGCUCUUUAUCAGUGGCUUCCAUUAUAGAAAACAAUCACAUUUUAUUUUAUACUGAAAUCAGUUUUAAAAAAAAAACUUUUGUACACAAUUAAAGUAGUAUUUACGUAAAAAC